UUCCCCGGGUCCCUCGUUCAGAGGAAUUACGGUAAAGCGCCGCUGCAGUCAUUCUCUCCUGAGCUCGGCGCCGCCGCUCCGGACUGGUUUCUCCUGCUUUACUGGAACCAGAAUCGGAGUUUUCCUCCUCUAACCGACAGCUCUCCUGGAGAGGAUCACCUGAGCCUACAGGUCCUGCUUCCUGCUUGGAUUUACACCGAAUCAUCUGGAAGCUGAGUGCGCAGAAGUCUGGGUUCAUGCCGGAUUUCGAGCAUUCCAGGUUUUCCUACUCGAGAAUGAAUCCGGUCCUGGGGGAGAGCGGCUUCCCGGCCCCGCAGCAGCAGCAGAUGACGGGACAGCCCGACCCGGCCAUCCCGGAUCCAGGCUACUUCCUGGGUGAUAACGGCGGAUUUGGGUCUGAUCCCUUAUCCGGACUGGACCUGGGUACCCUGCCGCCGUCAACUGGCCUGGCCUACCUGCACCGGGUGCCUCCGGUGGCCACGGCGCUGCGUAACGACUUGGGCUCCAACAUCAGCGUGCUGAAGACCCUGAACCUGCGCUUCCGCUGCUUUCUGGCCAAGGUGCACGAGCUGGAGCGCAGGAACAAGGUGUUGGAGAAGCAGCUGCAGCAGGCUCUGGACUCCAGCAGCGCAGAGGGACAGCAAAGGCCCCUGACCAAAAACAUGGGGGUCCAGACUGGAUUCAUCGGGCCCAUUCCAACCAGACCAAACUUCAUCCCACUCCACAACGCCAACAACCCGGCCUACCUACCUGGGGGCCUCCUCUCCCCCACCCUCAACCCCCCAGCUCUGAUGGACAACAAAUACACCGAUUCGAACUCCAACCUCACCGCGUUCGGCUUCCCUGUCAGUCCAAACCCGAGUCCCAGCGACCCGAACAGACCCGUGGCCAACAUGAACAAGAAGCACACUGGCAGCACUCUCCCCCCACCGCCACGCUUCAUCCCCGGAACCAUCUGGUCUUUCAACCACGCCCGUCGCUUCGGCACCGGGUCAUGCACCGCGGGACCCGGGGUCUCCUGGACGCAACCGGGCGGUGUGGGGGUCCAGAUCGACACCAUCACCCCGGAGAUCAGGGCCCUGUACAACGUGCUGUCCAAGGUGAAGAGAGAGCGGGACGAGUACAAGAGGAGAUGGGAGGAGGAGUACACAGCCAGGGUGGAUCUGCAGGAUAAAGUGAUGGAACUGGAGGAGGACCUGCAGGAGAGCGAGGUGCACCAAGUCCAGCUGGCUCUGAGGGUCAAGCAGCUGAAGGCAGAGCUGGUUCUCUUCAAAGGACUCGUCAGCAGCGAUAUGUCGGACCUGGACAGCAAGAUCCAGGAAAAGGCCAUGAGGGUGGACAUGGACAUCUGCCGCCGCAUUGACAUCACCGCCCGGCUGUGUGACGUCGCCCAGCAGAGGAACUGCGAGGACGUGAUUCCCAUCUUCCAGGUGCCCACGCCUCCGUCCGCCUCCAGCCGCCGCAGCAGGAAGCCGAGCGGGCAGUCGCUGAAGAGCGCAGACGGAGACGAGCUGAGCGUGUCGGAAAGUGAAGGGGGCGGGGCUAAGGACGAGGAAUCGGGCGGCGCGUCGGCCAAUCAGAUCAACGAGCAGAUGCAGAGGAUGCUGAAUCACCUCAGGGAGUGUGAGUUCGAGGACGACUGUGACAGUUUGGCCUGGGAGGAAACCGAAGAGACUCUGCUGCUCUGGGAGGACUUUCCCGGUUACACGCUGGGAGGAGCUGAGCCUCAGGGGGAGGAGGAAUCCAUAGAGAAGGUGAUUAAAGACACGGAGUGUCUGUUCAAAUCCAGGGAGAAGGAGUACCAGGAGACCAUCGACCAGAUAGAGCUGGAGCUGGCCACAGCCAAGAGCGACAUGAACCGCCACCUGCACGAGUACAUGGAGAUGUGCUCCAUGAAGAGAGGUUUGGAUGUUCAGAUGGAGACGUGCAGGAGACUCAUCACGCAGAGCGGAGACAGCAGGUCCACGUCUCUCAUCACGCCGGAGGACUCCGAAGACGAGAGGAAGAAGCCGGCUCUUCCCGCCGCCUCCGCCAGAAGCGAUUCCUGCAGCAGCGUCAGUGCUGCCAUCCCUCCCGUGACUUGGAGGAAGCCGUGACACACCGCGCCUUCUCCCUCUGAUCCUGCCACGCUGACCUACGGUGAACAAACACGCCCUCACGUCCUAAACUGUCUGAUUAGUGUCGUCGUCUCCGACAGCUGCAGCCAGAUGUGGACAGGAAAAAAGUGACCAGAAGAAAAUCAGCUAGUGUGGCAAAAGGAGAACCGAAGCAACAGGAACCAAAAAUCCCAAACCCGAUCGCUGCUGUCAAGGAUCCCGGCAGAAAAAGUCACGUUUUACAGCUGAGACAAGCAAAUGCCCAGAGUCUGUGUGCUGCCCUCCUGUGGUCACUGCCUGUAACUACACGGAAACGAUGCACUUUAAGUAUGUGUGCAUUUUAUUUUGCACAUUAUUUUCAUUGUUUCAAGCAGGAAAACGUAAUUUGCACAUAUAAAAGAAAGAAAAAACUGUAUUAACGCACAAAGAAUGUAGUUCUCACAUGUCGCCUAAGUGUUUUUCUCAGAGUUGUUUGUGUUUUUCAAUUUUUAAACAUGAAAAAUUCAUUUUACAUGAAUUUUCGUGGUUAUUAAAUAUCCUUAAACUAAUGUAAAAAAGUCUGAUGCAGCACAGAAAAAUACUCAGAAAUCCACAAAUUCGUUAGAUUAAUUUGAAAUGCUAGAGUUCUCUGCUUGGAAAGAUAUGUUUGCACAUUUUUAGACUUUAAAGGCAACUUUUAUUCUGAAAGUUCUGGAGUUUAAAUAAACAAAUUGAUUGUUUAGGUGGUAAAUUUUCUGCAUUUUUCUGUCUUCAUAACAAAAGACAUUCUGUGUUCUUUAGAAUAAAAAAUGAGGAAACUUUGCAGCCAAAAAGUAGAUAAAUCGUGUUUUUUUUGCUCAUUUAAAGGUAAGAUUUAGCGUCUGUUUUGUGUAAACUCUUCCUGGUGUUGCUGUCAAAGUUAAAAUAAUAAUAAUGUUUCCUUUAAAGAACAUAUUUGAUCUGUACGCCGUCCUAGCUGAGGACUGCAGACGAGUUUAUGUAAAGUAAAUGUUUUGAGUCACUUCUGUGUCAUUUAAAAUAACCUUUAGUGCAGAAGAUGAUGCUUCUGAACUUUUAGUUCAUUUAUUUAGUAAAAUCAAAUAAAUUAAGGGGAAAAAUCACCUUGCGGGGGAAAGAUGCUGCAAGUUUGAUUCCCAGCUGUUAUUUAAAUGGUUAUUAUGAUAGGAAACGUGAUGAAUGUGUGCAGAAAACAUGUUAUUUGGCUUGUGUAAUCACAAAGAAAAACAAAUAAAAGGUUAAAAAAAUCUGUUGUUUAAAUGUCUCAAAGCUGCACCAACGUGUCAGAAUUCAGCUCAAAAUCCUGAUUUUUUUCCCCUAAUUUGUGUUUUUU